UAGCACUUGCCAGGUGGAUGACCAAGUCCAAGACCGGACACCAGGGCCAUGGUUCACCUCUCCAGAAGGCCCACUGCUGUUUCUGGUCCACAGAAGACAGGAGCUGAUGCCUCUCCGGUUGGAAUGAGCGACAGGAGCAGCUUUCUUUCACACUGAAGAAUGGGGGAGAAGAGCGAGGAGUCGUUGGCUUUCGCUGUCCGGGUCUUCACUCUGCAGGAGGAGGAGGUGAGCUCCGAGGAGGAUCACAUGGACACACAUGAGGAGGAGGCGAGCAGGGAGCAGCAGGUCAGUGUGUGCAGACAGAGAGCAGAUCAGGAGCUCACUCUGCUGCUCACCACAGGCCUGGAGGCUCAGCAGCUCACUGUGCGUGAUGCCAACAGAGCAUCAGUCUUCCACUUCACCGUGUCCAAGGAGAUGGACUGCUGCCAGGUCGGAGGACAGUCCUUCCUGGUCACAGUCGGAGAGCUGAGUCUUCUGUUGCAGUUCAAAACUCCAACUGACAUGAAGAGCUUCCAGCAGGUAUUAAAGACGGGGGGCGAUGGAGAGACAAGGAAAGGUUGCCCAGAAGGACAUGAGAGAGGAAACAAGGAUGCGGAGAAACAUUCGAGGAGACAUCCGACUGUGUUUGAAAAAUGGACAACACAGGGCUACGAGUUCCACAACUGUGUGUCCCAGCAGCAGAGCCUGCUUCAGGACUACCUGAGGACCGGUACCUAUCACAGAGCCAUUCUACUCAAUGAGACCGACUUCAGAGACAAGGUGGUCCUGGAUGUGUGUUGUGGUUCUGGUAUUCUGUCUUUCUUCGCUGUCCAAGCUGGAGCCACCAGAGUGUAUGCUGUUGAGUCCAGCCCCAUGGCCAAGUUUACACAGAUCCUGGUCCAGAGUAACUGUCUGUCUGAGCAGAUCAGGGUCCUGGAAGGGGAGGUGGAGGAGGUCAGCUGUCCUGACAUGGUUGAUGUCAUCGUCUCUGAACCGAUGGGAUACAUGCUGCUCAGUGAAAGGCUCAUGGAGAGCUUCUUGCAUGCCCGAAAAUGGCUCAAACCCAAUGGUCUGAUGUUUCCCUCCUAUGGUGAUAUUCAUCUGGCUCCCUUCAGUGACGAACAGCUCUACUUCGAACACUACACACGGGCCACUUUCUGGCAGCAGAAAAGCUUCUUUGGAGUUAACCUGAGUGCUCUUUACACAGCCGCAGUGGAUGAGUUCUUCAAGCAGCCUAUCGUGGACACAUUUGAUGUGCAGAUCCUGAUGGCCAGGUCUGUCAAGCACUGCAUCAACUUCAUGGAGGCUAAAGAAGAAGACUUACACAGAAUGGAGAUUCCCUUUGAGUUUACACUGCUGCAGUCUGGUCUGUGCCAUGGACUUGCCUUCUGGUUUGAUGUGGCCUAUUUGGGAUCCAAGUCAACAGUGUGGCUCUCCACAGCUCCCACAGAGCCUGUGACCCGCUGGCAUCAGGUCAGAUGUUUGCUUCAGACGCCGCUGUUCGCCAAGCUGGGACAAACUCUGUCAGGGACGGUCCUACUGGCCGCUAACAACAGGCAGAGCUAUGAUAUCCACAUCACCGCCACAGUCGACCAGUCGGGCUUUAGGUCCGGAAAUGUCCUGGACCUCAAGAACCCUUUCUUCAGGGUAGCAUCUUGGUAGAGAGCUCUGGGCCGCUGGUACCCAGGAGAUUCAGGGAGGAUGGCCUGCCUCCUCCAGGAUGCAGAGUGAGGAGGUUAGAGGUAAGCUUGGACCGUGUGCACGUUAAUGAACGAUCAAAAGACGCGCAGCUGCCACACUGCUGGCAGACGGAACAACUUCCUGACAAAGCCAAAAGAGGGCACCAAGGGGCCGACAAUCCUGCAGACUGAGGCGGGGGAAUAACACCUACUGCAAAACAUUCGCUUAGACUACGUAUGUUUAUUGUUAUAACAUUAUUAUCAUGAAUUUAACAGUAACGUUUUUUCUUUUACCAUCUCUUUCUUUCAUCCCAGGAACGCCAUAAGGAAUCUUCAGAUAUCACAUACACUCCCACACACCUCAAGUUUCUACUUUUUGUCAACAACCAUCGCUGCUGAAUGUGAAGCCAAGGUUGAAUUUGCUGAGUUGACAUCCAUUUAAUCUAAGAUUCGGAUUCUAUAUCAGUGUGCACUGUAUUCAUACACAGAAAUCUGUACGAGGACAGUGGCAACUAAAAAUCGUUUCUAUACCAGCAGUAUUUUGUAUUCUGUAAUAAAA